AAGUAAUAGUCGAAGUCGAUAUCCCUACACUGUUCUUUGAGUCCCAGGGUAUUUCAUGUUCUUCAUCCUCGUGGACAAAACCCCGCAUUGAACUAAAUGUUUGAAGUUGCUGAAACCCUGAAUCUCUGCUGGGAAUAGCACAGACUAGAGGCUUGAUCUUCUGAGGAGCUCAAACAGCAAUCUUCCUCCCAGCACAUGCGCUCCAGGCUAUGGGCUGCAUCAUUUCACUCCAACCAUCUCCAAACAGCGUUCUUAAAACUCCAAGAUAUUUAAAGCAAAAAAAGACUGAUCUGAUGACAGAUUUCUGCAGAUUUUAUAUUGUAUUUGGAACAACCCUGUGAACGCAACACAGUAAGAGAAAGAAGGAAACCAUAAUGGAAUGUCCCAAUCUGUCAUGUAGGUCUGUUCCUGAUUGCAGAUCUUAUUCAUCUAAUACAAGUGUGAGUAAUUCUGAUAACCUGUGUCAUAAGAUGUUCUGCACGUUCAGCUACGUGUGAACAGGAAGGAGUUUCACUAAUUUAGGAAAUCUCAGUGAGCUUCUGAACAUAAGAAAAAUGUAUAUACUGCAAGUGGACAAGGACUGAUGUCUGGAGACUCUUGUGUGGAGCUAAUUGGAAACCACUGAGGUGAAGAGUGACAGUAAGGAGCAGAUGCAAGGAGAGCAAUGGAAGCUUCAGCAUCAGCGCUGGGACCCCUGACUGUUGUCUUGAAGAAUCCCUGGAGGAUCAGGAUCAUUUAGCAGUGAGCAAAAGCAGACAACAACCAACCCUCCUGAUAGGCGAGGAAAGGGAGCUCCAGCUGAUGACCUAAAAACGAAGCGUUGCUAUCACAUUGAGAUUUUCCUCUUACCAGAUGAUCUCGAGCCUAGAAAAAUGGAUUUGAUGGUGGUUGGGAUGGUUGCAAAGCUAUUUGCAGAGUCUGCUUCCAAGACUAUUACACCAUGGCUUGAAGAUGACCAGAUAUGGAUCUCAUGGAACCAUAAUACAAGUGUCAAUGUCACUAAUGAGUUUCUGAUAAAAUUAAGAGAUCAUAAAAUAACUUUUAAACUUUGGGACACCAAGGACAAAGUUUUAUCAGACGCAAAGCCUAAUAAACCUGAUGGGUCUUCAACAGAAAGAGAAGCAGAGGCUGCUGAUGAAGUAGAACACACAGUGCUGCUGCAGAGAAAAUUGUUUGAAGGGAGUCAGCCAGCACCCAGCUGUACUAAAAUUAGAGAAGCAAAGGAAUCCAAGGCACAGAAAGGAUCUAAAGCCCUUCCAAUCAAAGAAGAAACUGAUGAGAGUGGACUAGGAACUUCUAGUGAUGAUGUACUGGAUCCUUCAAAGGCGGAUGACCUUACAGUAAGUUUUGAUUGUUUGUUUGUUUGUGUGAUAUUUGCAAGAGACGGAUGUGAGGGUGAGGCCCAGCUUCUGAAACAGAAAGCAGUUGCUGAUCCUUCGCGUAAUACAACUUCACAAGAAACUGUGAAAACAACCAGCAAUGUGGGAAUUGUGAUGCGUCAAACAGACAAGGCAGCUGCCUCUACUGGUGGAAGAGGUUCUGGUGCUAAAAAAGACAUGGAUACUACUGGGGCAGAUGUUGCUUCGCUGCAGUUGGAUCUCAUGCCUCUCCUCUCAGGAGAAGAUUCAGUGAUCAGUCGACUGGAAGAAAACAGCCCUGUUCUUUUAGAUGCUUACGUGUCUUUCGCUGUAGAAACACCUCUUCUGUCUGAAAGACAAAGACAUGAAUUGAAUCCACUGGUUAUUAAGAUUUAUUCAGCUACCAGACUCCCAAACACACCUGUACCAAUAGAAGAGCUACAGAGAAUGUGUGUUCCUACCUACUGCAAAUACAAAUUCCACGAUUUUCCAGCUCAUCAGACUCAUGGACAAAUCCAUGGGACUCACGUCUACUUUAAGGAUGUUAAUGUAUUUCUAACAGGAAGAAUGAAACCUGGGGAAUUGCAGAGAUGUCUUCAAGGGCCACCUCUGGAGAUUGAAGUUCAUGAUCGGGAUAGGAAGAUUGAAGAUGACAAGAAAAAGUCAUAUUUAUUUGGGGAGGAUCGAGCUGAUGAAAACCUAGGAGAGGUGAGGCCCCCCACUUGCAGAUCUGUUAUCUCUAAUUCUUCUACAGACGAUGAAGUGUGGCAUCCACAUGGAGUAGCCAAAGUCAGUCUAACUGAUCUAUUGUUGGGUAAAAAGUACUUGACUAUUAGUGCACCCAUUCGUAGCUGUUCAACUCCAAAUACAGUUGCUUUCAAUAAAGAGAAUAAAAGAAAGAAGAAGAAUCCACAGAUUCUAUUACCUAUGGGACAUUAUCUACAAUCAGAUUCGCUUUUGAAAUUAAGAGUGGAGAUAGCAGUGCCAUUGAGAAUACAUCCAGAAAUUGAUGAUGCUCAAGUGCCAGAUAGCCCAUACGGUUAUAUAAUCUACAUUUUUAACUACAGAAAUUCAUCUUUACUACAUGAUUUGGUGGAAGAGAUUACGGAAAUGAAUGCUAAAGCCCUUCAGCUGGACUGUUAUCCUCCAGAUUUGACUAGGAUGUCUCUUGCUAACUUAAAACUGGAAAGCACGCUUGAGAAUAUUACUGAGUUAGACAUUGUUACUGGCUUUCACUUACUGGAUGGAGCUAUUCAUCUCUUUGUCUUGGAGGGAUUAAAAGACAAAGCCAUCAAGAGACUCUGGGAUAAGCACUUUGAAAGAACUUACAGGCAUGAAGAUAAACGACUGGAAAUACUAUAUAAUUCACAACUGUCUUUCAGUCAGCGCCUCUAUACAGACCUGGAAGCAAUUUUUUAUCAUUUCCACCUCUGCAAGCCCCUCUUCAGAAUAGUGAAACAACCUCUGCUUUAUGUCAGGGGAGCAGUUCCUUGGGCAUGUUUCCAAGCCUUGUCCAGGCUCAGUUUCCUCUGUCACAGUAAGAGGCUGAGGGAUGUUAUUCAGGGGGAUCUGCUGCCCUCGGCAGAAAUGAUCACAGCAUUGAGUCGAAUGUAUGGAGUUCCAAUAACUGAUGAGGAUCUCUUCAUUCAGAAACCUCCUUUACUUUCAUUUUCCUCUGAUUAUACACCAGAAGGAGAUGUUAGCAGAGAGAAAAAGGCAGGAUAUUCUUUAAUAGAUAACUACAAUGAAAAAUACGUGCAGUGGAAGAAAGAAAGAGACAAAAAGUCUUUCAAGAGAAACCAUAUUAGGGCUAACAUCGAUGCUGUGUCCCAGCUUAAGGGAAAGAUGGAAAAGCAGAAGUUUCAAUCUUUAAGGAUUUUUCCUGCUGAUGGCAAAUCUGUUUAUAACUAUAGUUGUCAGCGCCUGAAUUCUGCAGAACUUGCAAAGAAGCUUCUUUGCCAGGAAAUGGCGAAGGUGCCAAAAAGAUUCAAUUAUAACCACAAGUAUCUUUUAGCCAUGUUUGACCCAGUUGAUGUGGCUGCUGCCAGUAAGGAGUCCUUUGCAAAAUCCAAGAGUAGGUGGCUGUCACCAGAUGGAUUUGUAUUUCUUGGAUAUAAGAGCAGCAUUGAAAGCAACCGGCACCCUCUUACGCCUCACGAAGCACGUGUGGAGGAGUUACGAGAGAAAUGGCAGGAGAAUGCCAACAUGGAGUCAACGCUGUCACGAGGCAGAUGGAGGUGGGACAAACGGCACAUUGACUUCGAGCUCUACAAGAAGCCACCUGAACUCCCUGUGGCAACAGCCUCACUGACAGCAGCUGAGUUGCACACAGAUGGGCCAGGAGCCAGUUCUCAAGUACAGAAGCCCCAAGGACUUCGGAAAGAUGAGCCUCUGAAAUUCUCACUCAGGAAGCCAGGAGUAGUUUUGAAGCCUAUCCCAGCCCCAUCAGCGUUGGGCUCUCAGAACAGCUCAGAUGUCCUGCCAGGAAAGAAAAGUGUCUGUAGUAGCUUUGUACCAGGCCUGCAAGAGAACCACAGCCGGAAGUGGGAGGACGACUUUAUCCCAUCACAGCAGAGAGCAUGAGAAGGUUGAAAGACUCAAAGUUGGAGAUUUCAAGUUUACUUGUCUCUAAGCAAUCAGUUUACAAGAGUGACCAAGCAGCGAGCAGACACACUGCCACCUGUACACAACAGGAAGACCCUCUGCAGCAUGAUAGUCUGGAUACAGGUAACUCUGGUAACUCAGCUGGUACCAGAGAACAUGCCACAGGACAGAACUGCUGAGCUGAGGGGUAACUGAAUUAUACUUGGGGUUACCAAGAGAAUAAAAGUAAAAUGUGUCACUUGUCACCAGAUCUGAAUAAUGUU